GAACUGUUGUAAAAUAACUAAUAAGGAGAUUCGUCAACCGUAAUGAAUAUUUUACUGUUCACAUAACUUUUUACAUUUGCAAAAACAUGUUGGCAUAACAAUAUUGUUAUCACAAUUAGUUGCUGCUUUUAUAAACCAACAAAGUCUGUUAGUUUGUAUUGAAGAACAAACCAUUGACUAAGAAUGUUGUUGAACCACUUGAUAAUAUUGCUAAUUUUGGCCUCGUUUGGACGGAUGGAUUUUCCAGAAUCCCUUUUUGGCAAAAUUAAAGAAUAUUUUACUACGGGCCAAGAACCCGAUGGCUUGGUUCAAGCCUUAUUGCCAUUUAAAAUGCCCGGUUUGCUAGACGAUGGCCUAGAAGAUGUUUACGAUCACUCGAAAACUUGUAUGUUUUGCAACUUAUUGGUAAAUUUGGUCAUAGCUCAGCGUAGAACUGGCGCAAAUCGUGAGACUAUAGCCAAAGAAUCUGAAUUUUUCUGUGUACAUUUGGGUAAUGAAACAGAAAGGUUUUGUAAAGGGGCCAUUAAUCUGAAUCUAGAUGUUUUUCUUUACAUUGUUGAUAAUUCUCCUCAACUUGACUCGCAUAGAGUUUGUGGUACGAUUUUGCAAUCACAUGGUUGCCAUGGGAAGAAUUUCGAUUGGUCCGUUAAUCUCCCAAGUGGAAAUUCACCUCAAAUUAGACCAAAUUAUAACCAGUCCACAUCGUUUAAAAUUCUCCAACUCUCAGACAUACACUAUGAUCUUAACUAUACAGCAAACGGUAAUGCCGAAUGUGGGGAAUACGCUUGUUGUCAAAAGGAUCAAGGUGAAGCUAGUUCACCUCAAAAUGCUUGUGGUUAUUGGAGCGAUUAUAGAAGAUCCGAUCUUCCUUGGCAUUUAGUUGAGGAAACGAUCAAACAAGUGAAAACUCAUAAAUUCGAUUUUAUAUACUAUACUGGCGAUGUAGUUAAUCAUAGAAUUUGGGAGACUAGUAUCGAAAGUAAUAAACAAGUAAUCUCCAAACUUUAUUCUUACUUUAAAAGUGCUUUUAACGUACCAGUUUAUCCAGUUCUUGGCAACCACGAACCGCAUCCAAUAAAUCUUUGGCCGCCUCAAAACCUUCCAGAUGCUAAAUUUUCUAAUGAAUGGCUUUUUGAUUUAAUUGGUGAUCUUUGGUCAGAUCUUGUAGGAGAAGAUAUAAGAGAUACUGUUUUAAAAGGGGGAUAUUACACGGUCAGUCCAUAUACUGGUUUUCGAAUUAUAGUAAUUAAUAGCAAUCCUUGUUACACUUUUAACUGGUGGCUCUUAUGGAAUGACGUUGAUCCGUAUGGACAGCUGCAAUGGUUGGCUGAUACUUUAUUUCAAGCUGAAACAAAUAACGAAAAAGUGCAUAUUUUGUCACAUGUUCCGUCAGGAACUUCCGAAUGCUUAUCAAUUUGGGCUAGGGAAUAUUCCAGAAUUGUGGAACGAUUCGCUAAUACGAUUACUGGUCAAUUUAAUGGCCAUACGCACAAAGACGAGUUUUAUGUUUUUCAUAAUAGUUCCAAACCCACUCAAGCUAUUGGUGCUGCUUUCAACGGUGCUUCUGUAACACCUUGGACUGAUUCUAAUCCCAGUUACAAAAUUUACGAUAUUGACUCAAGCACUUUUGAUGUUUUAGAUUAUGCAGAAUGGACCUUUAAUCUCACUUUAGCUAAUUUACGAGGUUCAAAUCAAAUUCCCGAAUGGUAUCAACUGUAUAGGUUUACUGAUACUUUUGGUGUUGAUAAUUUAUCAACAUCUGAAAUUGAAAAACUUUUGCAUAAUAUGGCUCAAAACCACAAAUUGCUUGAUGUCUAUUUCACACUUCGCAAUCGUAAUAGUGAUCCUGUACUUAAAAAAAGCUGUGAUGAUAGUUGCAAAAAGAAGUACUUGUGUCAGAUCGUGACCACAGCCUUUGGAGUAGAUACACAGUGCAAGCAUUUUAUUGGUCUCUAUGACAAAGAAGAAUAAUAAAACUUUUAUUUUUGUAAAACUGAACUGAUUAUUAAAUGUUUUGUGGAAUUUCUCUUAAUAUAUUUUAAACAACUUCACCUGCUUUGAAAGUGAAGGUAAUUGCUGAAUUAAUCUGCUGAAUAAAUAAUAAAUUUGGAAACUUUU